CCUGCGGGGCGGCGGCUGCUCCUGGGGACGCCAGUGGGGCCCCGAUCCUAGGGAGGGAAAAGAGCCCUCCGUGGCUAAUUGCCGUUAAUUACAGAGAGAGGCGUCUGACGGGGCGUACGUGAGGAGCAGGUCGCCCCGCGAAAGGCCUCCGGCGGUCGCAGGCGGGCUGAGGAAGUGACUCAGGUGUCGGGGUGACGGGGCCCCGCGCUGAGCGUGAGCCUGCGGGGGCGUAGGUCUUGUCUGCCAUCGCCUCCUUCUCCACGGGAGGUGUCCCCCUGCUGCGAAACCCUCCUCGGGUUUCCUGCGAUCCCCCUCCACGGGUCUCUCCGCAGACCCGUGUCAGAGGGCGGACGGGGCAGGUAAAUGGUGUGCCGGCAUUGGAGCGCGGUGUUCCCAGCUGGGCGUACCAGAGGUGGAGGUGGCCUUCCCGCGGGGACCGUUCCUAAGUUCUAAAAGAAAAUAUGUGGGUGUAGAGUGAGGGAAAGUGAAUUAUAAAAGGGGAAAAUAAAAAAAAAUAAUAAAAUAAACAAGGGCAGAGAAAAGUGCAGGUUGCUGUGCGUUCACGUGUGGGACCAGAGAUGCUCGUAUGUGCUCAGAGAACAAGGAGCACAGAAGGAGCCUCCGUGGUAGAGCAAAGAGUUCAGACAGCUAAUGGGCUCCAGUGUAAACGAGUAGUUGGGAAUGGGUGCACACACACACAGAGGAGGGAAGAGUGAGAGAGAAAGAAAGAAAAAAAUGUUCUUCUUUACUGGGAUGUGUUUUUAUAGGAGCAAAGUCACGUGAUGCCUUGGAAAGGCAUUGGCGCUGGCUUCUUUGAUAGGAGUGUGCCUUUAGCUGUUCUGGUCAUUUCCUCUCCUGAAAAAAAAAACCCACCAAAUGGAUCGGUGAAGGAGGAUUGUGCCCUCCCUUCUCCCGUUGCCAAGGUUAAUCAUUCUGUACAUCUCCCGGCUCCCAUUACAGGCCAGGGCCUCGCCACCCUCACCUCAGGUAUUGUUUCCUUCCCUUCUCAAAAGGGAGCGUAACUGAGAAUCCAGGUUGUGCGAGUGGCCUGCCUGGGGUCACUGCUGGCAGGACCAGCACCUCCCGGGGCCUCACUAGGCACUUGUACUGCACUUGUACUUGUACUGCAGCCUCCCCAAGGCCCCGCUUCCUCUGCAGAAUACAUUUGUUACAUCUUGAUUCCUCGCUAUGCUAUAGUACAGAAGGAUUAUUAACAAAUUAUCUGUGAGCCAGUGCAUCCUGCAUAGGGCCAAAAUGCACGGUCUGGAGCAGUGACGCUGUGACAAAUGGGGAGCUCAGAGUGGAUUCAGAAGUUUUGUAGGAACAGGAUGGAGGAUGCGGGUUGUUACGCCACCAUAGGCACACGUUAAGCACUCACGUGGUAGCUCUUGCAUUACAUUUGCCGGAGCUUUAGUAUAUACAUAGUUGCUUAAUGCCCAUAAAAAAAAAAGAAACCUCUUUCCCCCAGCCUGCUUUAACUCUGCAUUUUGAGUUUGUGCCUUUCCAUACUGGUCACCAAGACUCUUUAACCAGGCCGGUUGUUUCUUCCUGUCUCCCUCAAACCUUCCCACUUUCCUUGAUCCCUUUCUAGGACAUGUAGGUAAGCUGCCUUGGAGAAACGCCUGUAAGGCUUGUUACGCUGCAUUUUGCAUAUGCUCCUCCGAUUUAAAAAUAACAAUUCUAGUCCAAGAGGCUCCUGCCGCGUUUAGGAACGGAGCAGGAAAUGUAAACGUCAAGCAGCUGCACCGCGGUCCCCAGGUGCGCGCAGCGGCUUUAAGCCGGGGCUCCGCAGGCGCAGCGCCCGCCGGACGUCUUUUGCGUUGCACCGCGGAGGCUGCGCAAGAUGGCGGCGCCCGGAGGCGCGUUACUGCGGCGAGUGCUGACCCCGUGCCGCCUGUGGGCCUUGCCCGGGCUCCAGCAGCGUCCCGCCGCCGCCCCGCUGAGCGCCGCGCCGCCUGUCCGCCUCUACGCCGCGGCCGCCGAAAAUGCAAAAAGAGGCUCACAAAAGGCCAAGCAGGAAGAAGCCCAGAAGAAAAAAGGACGUGGCAGGCGGCCGUUGCUGAGCAAGCCUGUGGAUGAUGUGUACUUGACGUGGUACUACGAGCGACCAUCCUACAAUGUAGAAGAAGCUGUGGGUAUGUUAAAGAAAUUUCAGGAACUGGACUUCACAUACCCAAAACAGUUUGUGUAUAUUAAUGUGACCCUAGAUAUGGAACUGCAGAAGAAGAAAAAAGUGGAUCAGUUUGCAAGCAUUGUUCUUCUUCCAUACCGCUUUACAGAUGAAACGAAUAAGGUCUUGGUUUUCACAGAGAAUGAGCAAGAAGCUGAAAUAGCUCGAGAGAAUGGAGCUGCUGUUGUGGGAGGCAUUGAAUUAAUCAAAUGGAUUUUGGAAGAAGAAAUUCAAAUGGAUUUCUACAUAGCUGUUCCUGCAAUAAUGCCUAAACUGAUACCUUUAAGGAGCAAGCUAAAACAAAAAUACCCCAGCACAAGAAGAAAUUCCCUGGGCCAUGAUAUUCCCAAAAUGCUACAGUUCUUCAGAGAAGGUCUUGAGUACAUGGUACAAGAUGAGCGUCUAAUCAAGACAAGGAUAGCAAGACUGGAUAUGCCUUCUGAGCAGAUAGUUGCCAAUCUAAAAGCAAUUAUUGAGGAUAUCUGCAAGUUCAAACCAUCAAGUGCUGGUCCCUUUGUGAAGAAGCUGGUUAUUAGAUCUUCAACCAGUGAGGGCUUACUAUUGAACCUUGAUGGACUUCUCCCUGAGGUAGAGAAAGCAGAAGAAAAAGAAGAAGAAAGUGUAGAAGAUGAAGAAAAACCUGUCCAAGAAUCUGUUAGUACCUGAUGCCUUUCCUUGUGCAUCUGAUGAUCAAGUUUGAAAAGCAAAUGGUGUGGUUAAAAUCAUAUUCUGUGAAAAGAAAAAAAAAUAAAUCUGUGACUUUCAUUUUUAAAAUUCUGUGUGACAAGAAAUUGUCAGAAACAGGAGUCUGUCAAAACUGAAGACAUCUUAAGCUUUUUCUGUUGGUAGCUGAAAGCUUUCUAAUUUGCAUCUAGUUUUUUCUUUGCAUAUGAUAAUUCUUAGUCUAAUAAAAUUUUGUACUAUAAACUGAGUUAUCACCAACCAAUUUCCACAGUUAGAGCUGAAAGACAAGCCCACCUCAUAUCCAUAGUGCUGGGUUUCCUUCCUACUUCGUAGAAAUUGCGGAAUGUUCAGUACUUCUGUACAUUACUCAGUCCCACACAGAGAAACUAAUGCAGUGGGAAGCUGCUGUAUAACUUGCAAAGAGAAGGAAGCUAGGGUUUAA